AUGGCUCUCAUGGUCCACCUGAAAACCGUCACCGACCUCCGAGGGAAAGGCGACAGGAUAGCCAAAGUAACAUUUCGAGGGCUCGCGUUUUAUACAAGAGUGCUAGAAAACUGCGAAGAUGAAGCACAGUUUGAUGAGACUUUCCGAUGGCCUGUUGCCAGUAACAUUGAUGGAAAUGAGAUGCUGGAGAUUCAAGUUUACAACUACAGCAAAGUCUUUACAAAUAGGUUAAUUGGGACGUUCGGGAUGGUAUUACAGAAAGUAGUGGAAGAAGGACAGCUGGAAAUUUCAGACACAUUAACAGAUGACAACAACAGCUCCAUCAGGACCUGUGUUUCCAUUGGUAUAAAAUACCAGGCAAUAGGUGGUACUGUUGGAGCCUGGAAUGAAAGUGAAUUCUUAGAAAAUCCAAACCAAAGAGCAGAGCAUGAGACCCUUCACUUUGAGACAGACAGUUUACUGCCGGGGUCCCCCAGGUCUCGGCCCUCCAGAGGACGCCCACUAAGAACAACUGGCAAAGGAGUUUUCUCAGGGAUGAAGCUAGGAAAGACACGUCAUGGUAAAGAUGACCAUAAGAAGGAAAUUGUUUUGAUUCUUCCAGAUGAACCUGCUGUUCUGGAAACAGAAGACCUGGACAGAAAAGCUAUGCGGCUUGGUGGGGGCUUGGACCCUGACACCAUCUCACUGGCGUCUGUCACUGCAGUCACCACCAAUGUCUCAAACAAGAGGUCAAAGCCUGAUAUCAAAAUGGAGCCCAGCGCAGGCAGACCUCAGGAUUACCAAGUGAGUAUCACAAUCAUUGAAGCAAGACAGCUAGUGGGAUUGAACAUGGACCCAGUUGUUUGUGCUGAAAUUGGAGAUGACAAGAAAUAUACAAGUAUGAAGGAAUCAACCAACUGCCCCUACUACAAUGAGUACUUCGUCUUUGAUUUUCAUGUAUCUCCGGAUGUCAUGUUUGAUAAAAUAGUCAAGCUCUCGGUAAUCCAUUCCAAAAACCUCCUGCGUAGUGGGACAUUGGUGGGCAUGUUCAAGCUUGAUAUAGGAACUAUCUACUCACAGCCAGAACAUCAAUUCUACCACAAAUGGGCAAUAAUUUGCGACCCUGGUGACAUCACUGCCGGGGUGAAAGGUUACGUAAAGUGUGACAUAGCUGUUGUUGGGAAGGGAGAUAACAUCAAGACACCACACAAGUCUAAUGAGACCGAUGAGGAUGACAUAGAAGGGAACCUAUUGCUUCCUGAAGGAGUACCCUCAGAGAGGCAGUGGGCCCGAUAUUAUGUCAAGAUCUACAGAGCAGAGGGGCUUCCAAAGAUGAAUACCAGCAUAAUGGCUAAUAUGAAGAAGGCAUUCAUUGGAGAAAACAAAGAUUUAGUCGAUCCUUAUGUUCAAGUAUCAUUUGCAGGACAAAAGGGAAAAACCAGUGUCCAAAAAAGCACAUAUGAACCAACAUGGAAUGAGCAAAUUGUAUUUACUGAAAUGUUUCCACCACUCUGCACACGAAUAAAAAUCCAGAUCCGUGAUUCAGACAAAGUGAAUGAAGUUGCUAUAGGAACUCAUUUUGUUGACCUGAGAAAGAUUUCAAAUGAUGGAGAUAAAGGCUUUCUGCCCAGUUUUGGUCCUUCCUGGGUGAAUAUGUAUGGCUCCACUCGUAACUACACCUUAAUGGAUGAACAUCAGGAUUUAAAUGAGGGACUUGGUGAGGGUGUUUCCUUCAGAGCCCGAUUACUUAUUAAUAUUGGUAUGGAAAUCUUAGACACAGCCUCAACAGAGAUAAUGAGCUCCACUGAUGUUCAAGUGGAGUCAAUACAACAGAUAUCAGAUCUUUCUACAGGAAAAUUGGAAGAAUUCUUUCUCUUUGGUGCUUUCUUGGAAGCAACAAUGCUUGACAGGAGAAUUGGAGAUAAACCAGUCAAUUUUGAAGUUACAAUAGGUAACUAUGGGAACCAAAUUGAUGGAGUAAGCAAGCCAGCUGUUCGCAAGAAAAGAGGUGGAGGGGAUGGUGAUGAGGAGGAGUCAGAGCUUCUUCAGAACUCAAGUGAAGAUGAAGCAGACGAUGAUGGAGACCUUGUGCCUGUCUCCUGCACUCCAGCAAUGAAACCAGUUGUAACUGACAGAAACUACUUCCACUUGCCAUACUUUGAAAAGAAACCUUGUAUAUAUAUCAAAAGCUGGUGGCAAGACCAACGAAGACGUCUCUACAAUGCAAACAUCAUGGACAAGAUUGCCGAUAAGCUGGAGGAAGGCCUGAAUGAUGUUCAGGAGAUCCUGAAGACAGAAAAGCCACAUCCAGAGCGACGGCUCCGAGGUGUCUUGGAGGAGUUGAGCAGUGGAUGCAACCGGUUUGUGUCACUGGCAAAUAAAGAUGAAAAUGCACCAGGGAGGACUAAACUGGACAGGGAGAGGCUUAAGUCCUGCAUAAGAGAACUGGAGAACAUGGCACAGCAAGCGAAGACAAUGAGGACUCAGGUGAAGAAAAACACACUAAAGGACAAACUGAAACAGGUUCACGUCUUCCUGCAUAAACUCCGCUUUAUGACUGAUGAGCCUCAGCACAGUAUCCCCGAAAUUUUCAUCUGGAUGUUGAGCAACAACAAGAGGAUUGCAUACGCUCGAAUUCAAUGCAAAGAUAUUCUCUACUCAAUAGUGGAUGAAGAAACAGGCAAAGAUUGUGGCAAAGUUAAGACUGUCUUUCUAAAGCUCCCUGGAAAACGAGGCUUUGGAACCGCAGGUUGGACAGUUCAAUCUAAAAUAGAGGUUUACUUUUGGUUGGGGUUAAGUAAGCAACGGAAGGAUUUCCUGUGCGGCCUGCCCAGUGGAUAUGAAGAGAACAAAGCAGUAAAGGGUCAGGGAUUGCAAUCCUUCCCUCCUAUAAGUCUGACCUACAUCAAGAAGCAGCUUUUCCAGCUAAGAGUUCACAUGUACCAAGCACGUAGCCUGUGCGCUGCAGACAGCAGCGGCCUCUCGGACCCAUUCGCCCGUGUCUUCUUCUCCACACAAAGUCAAUGCACUGAGGUUUUACAGGAGACUCUAUGUCCUACCUGGGACCAGUUGCUGGUGUUUAAUAACAUCGAGCUAUAUGGUGAAGCACAGGAACUUAGAGAUGACCCUCCCAUCGUGGUCAUUGAAAUUUAUGACCAGGAUACUGUGGGAAAAGCAGAGUACAUUGGCCGAACGUUUUCAAAGCCCGUGGUGAAGAUGGCAGAGGAAGAGUAUGGCCCUCCUCGCUUUCCUCCACAACUCGAGUAUUAUCAGAUCUACCGGGGGAAUACGACUGCUGGAGACUUGCUGGCUGCUUUUGAGCUCCUUCAGAUUCCUCCCUCAGGAAAGCACAAUCUGCCUCCAAUUGAUGGCCCAACAGAUUCUGAACGUGGUCCAAUUCUCCCUGUUCCUAAAGGAAUCCGGCCUGUGUUGAGCAAGUACAGGAUUGAGAUUCUCUUUUGGGGUCUCAGGGAUCUCAAGCGUGUGAAUCUAGCACAGGUUGAUAGACCGCGAGUUGACAUCGAAUGUGCUGGAAAGGGUGUGCAGUCUGCGGUCAUUCAGAGCUACAAGAAAAAUCCAAAUUUCAGCACUUUGGUCAAGUAUUUUGAAGUGGAUCUACCAGAGAAUGAACUUCUUCACCCUCCUCUUAAUAUUCGUGUGGUGGACUGCCGAGCUUUUGGCAGAUACACACUGGUUGGUUCACAUGCUGUCGGAUCCCUGAGGAAGUUCAUCUACAGGCCACCAGACAAUAAAGUUCAGAAGUGGAUAAAUGCAGCUAAACUAAUGAAUGGAUACCAGGCAUUGGCAAAUGGAGGCCCAUUCUUUCGCCCUGCAGGUGAUGUCAACAUUAACAUGGAAACAGAGAUUCCAGUGAAGAAAAUUGAGACUGUGGUGAAGCUGGAUGCUAACUCCGAUGCUGUUGUUAAGGUUGAUGUGAAUGAGGAUGAGAAAGUGAAAAAGAAGAAGAAAAAGAAGGGGGAGGAAAUAGAAGAGGAGGAGCCUGACGAAAGCAUGCUGGACUGGUGGUCAAAGUACUUCGCCUCCAUUGAAACUCUCAUGGAGCGUCUCCGACAGCAGGAAGCAGCUGCAGCUGAGGCAGAGGAGAAGGAGGACAUGGAAAUAGCAGCGGAGGGCACAAAGCUGUCCAAGAGUAAAGACAAGGCCAAAGCACACGAGAAAGAGAAGAAGAAAAAGCAGCUUGAAGUGGUUGAAAAGAAGGAGAAGGUGAAAAUUGAUGAACUACAGGUUUAUGACAAGGAAUUAGAAGCUGAGUUUGGAAACUUUGAAGACUGGCUCCACACUUUUAAUCUUUAUCGAGGCAAAAUUGGAGAUGAUGAUGACAGCUCUGCAGAUGAAGAAAGAAUUGCUGGGAGAUUUAAAGGCUCCAUCUGUGUGUACAAAGUACCUCUACCAGAUGAUGUCGCUCGAGAAGCAGGUUAUGAACCUACAUUUGGAAUGUUCCAAGGAAUUCCAAACAAUGAUCUUGUCAAUGUUUUAGUCAGAGUGUAUGUAGUAAGGGCCACAGAGCUGCAUCCAGCUGACAUCAAUGGCAAAGCGGAUCCAUACAUUGUCAUUAAACUAGGCAAGACAGAAAUCAGAGACAAGGAGAACUACAUCUCCAAACAACUCAAUCCUGUCUUUGGCAAGUCUUUCGAUAUUGAAGUCACGUUUCCAAUGGAGUCUAUGCUGACAGUGGCUAUAUUUGACUGGGAUUUAGUGGGGACAGAUGAUCUAAUUGGAGAAACCAAACUAGAUUUAGAAAACCGCUACUACAGCAAACACAGAGCAACGUGUGGCAUUGCACAGCAAUAUUCUCUCCAUGGAUACAACAUGUGGAGAGAUCCCGUGAAACCUACACAGAUGCUGACCAAACUUUGUAAAGAAGGGAAAGUAGAUGGACCUCACUUCGGACCAGGAGGAAGAGUGAAGGUUGCCAACAGAGUCUUUACAGGGCCCACGGAGAUCGAGGAUGAAAAUGGCAUAAAGAAAGAGACCGACGAGCAUUUAUCCCUAAUUGUUCUACACCACUGGGGGGAUGUGCCGCGAGCUGGCUGCAAGUUGGUUCCGGAACAUGUGGAAACCAGGCCUCUGCUAAACCCCGAGAAACCAGGCAUUGAGCAGGGUCGCAUUGAAUUGUUCGUUGACAUGUUUCCAAAGGACAUGCCUGCGCCAGGAGCACCAAUUGACAUAUCUCCACGGAAACCAAAGAAAUAUGAGCUUAGAGUGAUAGUUUGGAAUACAGAUGAGGUUAUCUUGGAAGACGAUGAUUACUUCACUGGAGAGAAAUCUAGUGACAUUUUUGUCAGGGGCUGGCUGAAAGGGCAACAGGAGGACAAGCAGGACACUGAUGUACAUUAUCACUCACUGACUGGUGAAGGCAAUUUCAACUGGCGGUUUAUCUUCCCCUUUGAUUAUUUGAUGGCUGAGGAGAAGAUUGUCAUCUCCAAGAAGGAGUCCAUGUUUUCCUGGGAUGAAACAGAGUACAAGAUCCCAGCUCGUCUAACUCUGCAAGUGUGGGAUGCUGACCACUUCUCAGCUGAUGAUUUCCUUGGUGCGAUUGAAUUGGAUCUGAACAGGUUCACACGUGGAGCGAAAACGGCCAAGCUAUGCACAAUUGAAAUGGCUACGGACGAAGCUGCUUUCCCCACAGUAUCUAUUUUUAAACAGAAGAGGGUGAAGGGCUGGUGGCCCUUUGUAGCCAGAAAUGAAAACGAUGAAAUGGAGCUUACAGGUAAAGUGGAGGCUGAGCUGCACCUGCUGACAGCAGAAGAAGCUGAGAAGAGCCCUGCAGGCCUGGCUCGUAAUGAGCCCGAACCACUGGAGAAGCCAAAUCGGCCAGACACCUCUUUUAUCUGGUUCCUCAAUCCACUCAAAUCCAUCAAAUACCUCAUCUGCAACAGAUAUAAGUGGCUUAUUGUGAAGAUUGUGCUGGCUUUGUUGCUGUUGAUCAUGAUAGGCCUUUUCCUUUACAGCAUGCCUGGUUAUAUGGUAAAGAAACUACUUGGUGCAUGA